CGCGCUACAACCACCAGCUUCAGCGCAUGGUCGACGGCGGUGCUCGCAUAAAGCGUUUGUGACAAGUGGCAGGACACCCAGCAGCAGCAGCAGCAGCAGCAGCAGCACGCAUCCGCUACAAUUCAGACAUGAUAUCUCGGUGAUCCCGUUCUGACUUGGGCUUCACGCCGCAAAUCCUCCCACCAACACUCACGGAACCGACCGACCACGACGAUGCCUCCUCCCCAACAAGAGAGCGCCCGCUUCCUGGGUGUCAUCAUAAUAUUCAUAUGGAUGAUGAGCUCAGGCGGCGGGGGCCAGGCCGGUUACUUCGCUACGCCCUUUCUUGUACGAGAGCGGCUCGCUCGGCAGCAACACUCGUUUGGUGUCCUCAAUUCCACGGCCUGGGGCGACUUCAACCCACGGCAGACGGCAGAUCCUCCCAACGGUACGGAGGCUACACGAUAUCUCAAUAUCACGGGAUUCAGGCAGGCGGAUUAUUUUGCCUGGGAGGACUUGGGACGGUUCAAAGAUAGGUGUCUACAAUGGAGCCGGAGCACAAGCCCCUUGCUGCCGGCGGGGGCCGAGAUAGAAGGGGUGCAAGUAGAAGACGACGGAAGAGAGGGGAGGAGUGCGUGGGACCUGGGGUCGGGCAGCGCAGUCUGGCAAAACGCAACAGGCAUUGUGAAGGGAUCAUGGGUCCGUCAAGAGGCGAGCGUGAGCCGCUCGUGGGCUGACUAUAAUUUCACGGCUAUGACGCCAAGCAUCAACUGGAUUGGCACACAUGGCGAGUGGAAUCGCAACGCUACGGGCAUUGAAGGCGAUAUGCAGCUGCGCGUGGAGGACAAGCGGCGGUACGUCGAAUACGACGAUGAGGUUGUCGACAUCGACCACGGACGGUUGAGCACGGGCGGCUCUGUGCGCGAGGUCGCCGCGACCCUGACCAUCGAGGACGCGGGCCCGUUGGGUGGCGGUGGCGCGUAUGAGAUGCGGCUGCACGGGGUACACUGGCCGCGUCAGGGCAACAUGCUCCUCACCACGACAUCCGAGAAGUUCGCGGGCAUUUUUGGGCUGCCACAUCUCGCGCCGGAUCAGAACUUCUUCCAGUCGAGUCAGAAGUUGCUCAAUCAGACGAUCGAUGAGGUUCUUGCCAAGAAGGAGAAGUCGGCCUUCACGGACCAGAGUAAUCCUUGGACUUCGAAUGUCGGCGGUGCCGAGGAUGUGUUCAAUCCGAGCCCGCACUGCGAGUAUGUGGUGUACUUGCAGGUGCAUCCUUUUCGUCAGGGCGGGCCGCUGCCGACUGAGGGCCAGGAGACAUCCAUUGAUGGUAUGCGUGACGUGGUCAAGGAAAUCGAGGACGAACUGCGAUAUCCUACUGGAGCGCCGGUACAACAUAUCCCAGAGUUGCAGAUGUCUGCCAUUAUAUACUCACCUGACUGCGCUUACUUCCUGGAGUCUAAGGGUCCUCCGGAUUUCCCAGAAUCCCAGGGCUUCAAUCACCUGGCCGGCUUCAAAGAGGAGAUCUGGAUCUACGAUGUCAACUUCUAUAUGCUGGUGACGGCCGCUAUCGCUUUUGGGCAGGUGUACCUGCUCAAGUCCCAGAUGAGAGAGUCCUGUACGCCCUCUACAAUGGGUCGAGUGAGUUUCUGGACACUUCUGGUGAUGGCACUGGCAGAUGGCAUGAUGUUUGCGCUUUCGGCUGCGCUGGCUCUUGACUCUACGCACUUUUAUCUCCGGGCUCUCAUGUUGACAUUCGCUCUGUUUAUGUCCAUGAUGAUUGGCGGCAGCUUCUUGGGUGAGGUAUAUCGGAUCCAGGAGCCCGAAUGGCGUCCUCGCGAGCGUGAACAUACUCCCAAUAAUAGCACACCAAGACCGCCAUCGACGCCGGCCCCCCCUGCGAAUGAGUCCCUGCCACGCCCAGUCACAGCAGGCGGGGGCACCAACCCAACCGAUGUACCAGUCAUAGUGCCCUCGGAUCAGGAUGUCGACGCGGACAUCGUCGAGAACUUAACUGCUGGUGCUGCUGGUGUCCCUACCGCAGCCGUGCCUGCUGCUGGUGGUGGCGGUGGCACUCAGCGGUCAGAUGUCAUUCCGUUCUCUACAAUUGUCGGCCGACUCAUCUUCCUUGGCUCGGUCAUUGGCUUCCUUUCACUGGCUGCACGGUCGUGGUGGAAACCAGUGCGAAACUCUUUCAUCAAUGCGACGCUGUUCGCCUACCUGUCUCUCUGGGUCCCACAGAUCAUCCGCAACACGCAGCGCAACAGCCGCCGAGCUUUCUCGUGGCAGUUCAUGGUGGGCCAGUCGGUGUUGCGGAUCCUGCCCAUCUCGUACUUUUACCUGCACCCGAACAACCUGAUUUUCUCGGAAUCGGACUGGACAGCCUUUGCUGUAUUAGCUGGCUGGCUUUGGAUGCAGCUCUGGGUUUUGUUCUUCCAGGACGUCCUCGGCCCACGAUUCGGCAUGCCCAAGGGCUGGAUGCCUGAGGCAUGGGAUUACCACCCCGUCCUCCGCGAAGAUAACCUCGAGGCGGGCGGUCUCCCCAUCGGCCUCGCACCGUCCUCCUCUGCCCCGUCGUCUCCCAGUCUCGAGAGAACCCGCAGCAUGUCGCUCAGCAGCGGCGAGGUAGAUCGUGCGGUUCGGGAGAAGGGCUCCAGCUCGAGCGUGGGUGCCAAGGGAGGUAGCCGCACGCACACGCGGGCCAUCGACUGUGCCAUUUGCUGCGAGGUACUGGAGGUUCCCGUCGUCAAGGCGGGCCAGGAGGCCGACCCAACUGGCGGAGGAGUUGCAGGCCUGCUGGAAAGAAGGAAAUAUAUGGUGACUCCGUGUAGGCAUAUCUUCCACAGCGCUUGUCUUGAGGGAUGGCUUCGAUACAGACUGCAGUGUCCGAUAUGCAGGGAGGAACUACCUCCUCUGUAACAGUCACAAGAUAGGAAAAAAAAAUAUUGUAAAUAU